ACCCAAAUUUUUAUACGCCACUCUCUCCAUAACUGAAAAUCGCACAACACAUAUAAAUUUUUCAAACGCAUUUCAUUUUUUCCACCAACAAUCAAAACAAUUAAUUUUUUUUUGUUUGACACUAUUCUUCCCCAUUUUUUUCCUCUGCAAAUUUCUCACACCAUUAAAAAGAAAAACAGAGGAGAGAGAAAAACGUAGAUGGUGAGAGAGGUAGAGGAAGAAAGAGGGGGUAAUAAUACGGGAAUGCGAUUGGGUAAAUACGAGCUUGGUAGAAUUCUAGGCGAAGGGAAUUUUGGCAAGGUUAAAUUUGCUAAGAAUAUUGAAACUGGGAAUUCUUUUGCUGUUAAAAUUUUGGAGAAGAAGAAGAUUCUUAAUCUCAAGAUCACAGAUCAGAUAAAGAGAGAAAUUGGUACUUUGAAGCUUUUGAGACACCCCAAUAUUGUCAGAUUACAUGAGGUCUUGGCAAGCAAAACAAAGAUAUUCAUGGUCCUAGAGUAUGUACAUGGAGGAGAAUUGUUUGAUAAAAUUGCAUCCCGAGGGAAACUCCCAGAGAAGGAAGGUCGAAGGCUUUUUCAACAACUUAUUGACGGUGUCAGUUAUUGUCAUGACAGGGGUGUCUUUCACCGAGACCUUAAGCUAGAGAAUAUCCUUGUAGACGGAAAAGGAAACAUAAAAGUAUCGGACUUUGGCCUUAGUGCAUUACCCCAGCAUUUCGGGAGUGAUGGCUUGCUACAUACAACCUGUGGGAGCCCAAACUACGUUGCUCCUGAAAUUCUUGCUAAUAGGGGAUAUAAUGGUGCUACGGCAGAUGUUUGGUCUUGUGGUGUCAUUCUCUAUGUCAUUCUUACAGGUUAUCUUCCUUUUGAUGACAGGAACCUCGCUGUCCUUUACCAAAAGAUUGCAAGAGGAGAUGUUCAGAUACCUAAAUGGCUCUCUGCUGGUGCACAAAAGAUGAUAAAGAGGAUUCUUGACCCGAACCCUGUUACACGAAUAACAGUAGCUGAGAUCAAAGCAGAUCAAUGGUUCAAGCAAGGCUACGUUCCUUUAAAUCCUGAUGAUGACGAAGAUAACAUAUAUAUAGACGAGGAAGCCUUCUCAAUUAACGAUGAGUCUGAUGGAGAGAAACGCCUUGGAGCCCCUACACUCAUCAACGCCUUUCAGCUAAUUGGAAUGUCUUCAUUCCUCGACCUUUCAGGAUUCUUCGAGAAAGAGGAUGUGUCUGAGAGGAAGAUCAGAUUCACGUCCAAUCUUUCGCACAUAGAGUUGCUCGAGAGAAUUGAGGAUAUUGUAACGGGACUAGGAUAUUCAGUUCAAAAGAAAAAUGGGAGGCUGAAGGUGGUGCAAGGGCAAAGAGAUCAGAGAGAUCCACGAAGCCUUUCAGUUGCAGCAGAAGUUUUCGAGAUUAGUCCAUCACUAUAUGUAGUUGAAUUGAGAAAAACUUAUGGAGAUUCUUUAAUUUAUCGCCAGUUGUGUAACAAAUUAUCGAACGACCUUGGUGCAUCAAGAAGCCAGGAGUUGUUAGGUGCAGCCAUCCUGAGUGCGGAAACUGUAUCAGAGGUUUACUAGAUUACAGUUUCAAUAUUGAUGUAAUUUCAGUUUCAUUCCCAGAAAAGAGCCAUAGUCACUCAAAAAAAAAAAAAAAAAAUUUGUGAUUUUAGUAAUAUGUAAUUAGUAUUAUUUUUUGUUUGUAUUUUGUUAAUUCCUUGUAAAAAGCAUGAAGGAAAAAGAAAUGCAAUGCAAUGAAAUGAAAUCGAGCUUCAAAUAUUUUAUGAAGCUCUACAGAAUUCUCGUCAA